CAUCAACCGCAACCCAAUUUCUCUCCUUGCGAUCUCUCCAAUCUCCACUAAUUCGAUCGAUCGGGAAGAAGCAGCGGCAAUCCAUGGCACUCCGCGCGCUCGACAACACGAUGCCGGCGGCGACGCCGGAGCGGCCCAAGAAGCUGCCCAAGCUGUCCACCGCCGCCGCCGUCCCGGCCGCCUCGCCGCAAGGGAAGACGAAGAAGAACGACGAGAACUCGGCGCCCAAGGCGACGGCGGCGGGGGAGCAGGCCGUGGAGUACGUCCGCUCCGAGGAUCUCCAGCCGGUGGCCCACCCCAAGGCCAAGGUCGCCGGGUUGGUGGCGGGGCUGGACUCCAAGGACUGGGUCAGCGCGUGCGAGGCGCUCAACGACGCGCGCCGCCUCGCCAUCCACCAUGCCUCCCUCCUCAACCCGAUCCUUGGCAAGGUGUUGCUGGCCAUCGUGAAGACGAUGAAGAGCCCCCGCAGCGCGGUGUGCAAGACGUCCAUCAUGGCGUGCACCGACGUCUUCAACUCCUUCGGCAACCUCCUCUCCUCCGCCUCCGACGACGCCUUCGACAAGCUGCUGCUGCAGCUGCUGCUGAAGGCGUCGCAGGACAAGCGGUUCGUGGCCGAGGAGGCGGAGAAGGCGAUGCGCGCCAUGGCGGCGUCGAUGCCUCCCCUGCCGCUGCUCAAGAAACUCAAGUCGUACGUCCACCACGCCAACCUCCGGGUCAGGGCCAAGGCCGCCGUCGCCAUGUCGCACUGCGCCUCCAGAAUGGACAUGGAGACGAUGAAGGAGUUCGGGAUGUCGGCGCUGCUGCAGGUGGCGGCGGAGCUGCUGAGCGACCGGCUGCCGGAGGCGCGCGAGGCCGCGCGCGGCAUGGUGAACUCGAUGCACGCCGCGUUCUCCAGGGAGGCCGCGGCGCCGGCGGGCGGGGAGGAGGGCGAGGCGGCGGCCGCCGCUGCCGUGGCCGCGUCGUGGGAGAGCCUCUGCUCGCUCAGCCUGCCGCCCAUCUCGGCGCAGUCCGUCGCCAAGAUCGUCUCGCAGCCGCAGCCGCGGAUGACCACGAAGCGUGCAUGCAUCCAUCCUCCGGAAACAACGACAUCGGCGCCUGUCUGCGUCGGUCGCCAGUUCGAGCGAUCGCCUCCGGUUCCGGUCGUGGUGGUGGCGGUGGGUAUGGACGGCGGCGGCCAGGAGGUCGCGCGGCGGCACGGCGCGGUGGCGGAGGAGGAUCCUGACCGGCACCGACGUGACCACGCGGGGGACGAAGACGAUGUCGAGAAGGCGCCUCCUCGCCGGGGCACACGGGUUGCCUCGCUCGACGUCUUCCGUGGCCUCACCGUCGCUCUGAUGAUACUGGUGGACGGCGCCGGCGGCGAGUGGCCGGUGAUCGGGCACGCGCCGUGGAACGGCUGCAACCUCGCCGACUUCGUCAUGCCCUUCUUCCUCUUCAUCGUUGGCAUGGCUAUUCCUCUCUCCCUCAAGAGAAUUCCAGACCGCAGCCGAGCCGUGAGGAGAGUAGUGUUGAGGACACUGAAGCUGCUCUUCUGGGGAGUUCUGUUGCAAGGUGGUUACUCCCAUGCUCCUGAUGACUUGUCUUAUGGAGUUGAUAUGAAGAGCGUAAGAUGGUGUGGUAUUCUCCAAAGGAUUGCUCUUGCUUACUUGGUGGUUGCAGUUCUAGAAAUCGUAACGAAGAAUGCGAAGGUUCAGGACCAGUCAAGUUCAGGCUUCUCAAUUUUCAGGAUGUACUUCUCCCAGUGGAUUGUUGCUUGUUGCAUCCUUGUGAUAUACCUGUCCCUUGUUUAUGGAAUUUAUGUUCCUGACUGGGAUUUCAGAGUGUCAGAUGUUAAAAGUCCAAACUACGGCAAAAUCUUCACAGUAACAUGUGGUACAAGGGGAAAAUUAAGUCCUCCUUGCAAUGCUGUAGGUUAUAUUGACCGCAAAGUUCUUGGUAUCAACCAUAUGUACCACAAACCAGCAUGGAGGAGGCACAGGGACUGUACUGAUGAUUCCCCACAUGAGGGACCUUUUAAAACUGAUGCCCCAGCGUGGUGUUAUGCACCGUUUGAACCUGAAGGGAUCCUAAGCUCACUGUCCGCGGUUUUGAGUACGAUCAUCGGGGUGCAUUAUGGGCAUGUGCUUGUUCAUAUGAAGAGUCACACUGACAGACUAAAGCAGUGGUCUAUCAUGGGCAUAACUCUCCUUGUUCUUGGACUCACUCUGCACUUUUCACAUGCAAUUCCUCUAAACAAGCAACUGUACACCCUCAGUUACAUCUGUGUUACUGCCGGCGCAGCUGGAAUUGUGUUCUGCAUGUUGUACUUCCUGGUUGACAUGCUGAACCUGCGCUACCCAUUCGCACUCCUGCAAUGGACCGGCAUGAACGCGAUGCUGGUGUACGUGAUGGCGGCAGCAGGCAUCUUCGAAGGUUUCCUCAACGGGUGGUACUACGAGGGCACCAACAACACUCUGGUUUACUGGGUGAGGAAGCAUGUGUUCGUCAAGGUGUGGCACUCCACACGUGUGGGCAUCCUCCUCUACGUCCUCUUCGCGCAGAUCUUGUUCUGGGCCCUCGUCGCCGGCGUCCUCCACCGCGCUCGCCUCUACUGGAAGCUCUAGGCACAGCGGGAACGAGAUCCUCUUACGUAAAUUUCGUGACUUCGCGUUACUGACAUGUGGACUCGUAGAGAGAGAUGGACUCACUUGUCACAAAGUCAUCACGUUUCGUUGGAGGAUUAGUAGUCCUGACUCCUGAUUGAUUUAUAAGCCACUUUGAUUGGAAUUAUGCACUUCUUGUGCAGUACGGGUCAUGUACAGUUUCACUUGAUGGCCAAAAAAUUCCGAAUUUGUUGGGAUUUAGAGAAAAAAUGUUUAAAUUCGGUGUAAA